UAGAAAUAGGGGCGGGAGGGCCGCGGCAGUCGCGGAGACCAGCGGAGUCGACCUGAGCCACGCCGAGGGCGCCGAGCGAGCGCCGAGCCCGGAGCACCCAUGCUGCUGACGCUGGCCUGGGGCUCCGUCUUCUUCCCCGGGCUCUUCGCGCUCUGCACCUGGGCGCUGCGCCGCGCGCGGCCCGAAUGGACCGAUUACGACUGCGUGAUGAUCAGCACCAGGGUGGUUUCUUCGGCGCAGGCAGUGUUGGCCACCGGCUCGGGGAUCGCCAUCAUCCACUCCUGUAAGAACGUGGUCUCCGACAGGUACUGGCUUGCCCAAGAAUAUGUCUGGUUUUUGAUUCCAUAUAUGGUCUACGACAUCUACGCCAUGUACCUUUGUGACUGGUACCGAAUCAAAGAACAGAACCGCAGACAUUCCCUCACCAUUUUUCGAAACUUCCUAAGGAAAAACCGCCUCAUGAUCACACACCAUGUGGCCAUUCUGUUGGUCCUUGUGCCAAUUGCACAGAGGUUUAGGGGAGAGCUGGGGGACUUCUUCGUUGGCUGCAUCUUCACGGCAGAACUAAGCACUCCAUUUGUGUCGCUGGGCAAAGUUCUGAUUCAGCUAAAGCAGCAGCACACCCUUCUGUACAAGGUGAACGGAAUCCUCACGCUGACCACCUUCUUUUCCUGUCGGAUCCUUCUUUUCCUCUUCAUGUAUUGGUCCUAUGCCCAACAGAAGGAACUAAGCCUGUUCCAAGUGCCAUUCAGGAUCCCGGUCUUCUGCAAUGUGGCCAAUGCCGUCCUCAUCGCUCCCCAGCUCUACUGGUUCUCUCUGCUGUGCAAGAAGGCAGUCGGGCUCUUUGACACUCCCCCAGCCGAAAAGGACGGAUAAGUGCUCCCAGGAGUCAGGCAGUGAGGGUGCCUCUUCCACUCAGUAUUCCACGGACCAAAUUGUGCCCUGGAUGGCCUCAGCCUUUUGGGUAUUGAUAAGUAGUUGGGUAUGAGUUUUUCUAAAGAAUAUUCAUAUUACCUCCCUCUUCUAACCUGCCUUUUGCAAAAGCACUUUUUGUAGUAACAACUAUUGGAUCCUGUCAGACCUCCAUUGGCAGCAAGGUGGUUUUGCCCAAUGAUCCUUCCUUGGGUCUUAUCUCAAGGGCUCUGGGAGGUAGAAGCAUGGGGUGUGGAGACAGGUGGACCAGGGUAAGUCCCUGGACACCUAACUGGCCCUAAUAUUGGUGGCUACCCACCUUUCCAAACACUCAGGGCAAUAUCCACAUAAACUGGGCCAGCAGAAACAGUGAUGACUUGGUUCUUGAAAUAAUUUCUUAUGUUGGCCUGGGAAAAUUAUUGUGGGUAGGUAGCUUUUUAUUGUUUACUAGAUAAUCCACUGCCUCAUCCUUUCAUCCAUGUGCCAACAUUGAAUUCUUGUCUACUGACUUCCAAUCAGAAGUCUCAUUAGUGAGGGUCGGGGUGGCAGGAGGCAGGGAUGGGAACCUGAAGCACUUGAGGAGGUAAAGAGACUAAUAGGUCAGCAUCUUUGCAGGCUGACUGUAAGACCAGUGUCAAAGUUGUGUUUGUUGUAAACAGUCACAAAUACUAUUCCCUUUUUAGCAUGUCCUUCCAAGCCCAGCUUUCCCCAUAUCCACACACGCAGGAUGCUCUUGUUAAAAACUAUAGUGAUAGUGAAAAGAUGGCUACCAAGCUAUUUAUGAGUAACCCCACUCUUUGACACUCUUUUUUCACAUGAAGUGGAAAUGGAGUUCUAUAUUCCAAACCACGAGAAGUUGCAUCUACACUGCCUCCUAACAGAGCUUGUGGCCCAAAGCCUGUUCCCACUGAGUGCACUACCAUUUGGCCACAGAAGGCUGGAGAGCAAGAGUGCAAGACAGCCCUGGCCAAAAUAUGUCCUGUGAACUGACUCCUUCACUACCAUUUGCAAAUGGGAUUCUCUGGUGCCAACACUAAUCAUUCCUUAUCAACUAGGAUGGGUUUUAGAAACUGCUACCAUGAAAUUUUUUUUUUUCAGGCGGUAGUGAGAAGCUAGGUUUUUAAAAGUGCCUUUUGAUUCAUUGUUGUCCAUUAACUUUUAAAGUACUGAAUAUGUAACAGUGACUCAAAUGUUGACUAUUUCAGUCUUUAAUGGGUGCCAUUUUAAAAAUGCAAAAUGAUUUUUUUUAUUACUAUUUUGUUCAGUCAGUAUAUCUUGUAUAAAUCACCCGUGUGGUGAUUAAAUUGCACUAAUAUUUCCCAACUUACUCCCAUUUGUGAAAUACACCAAUACCAACUUCCUGUAAGACCCAUCCCAUGAUCUGACUUGGCUGGCUGGUGUGUGAUAUUGUUUCUGGUCUGUGUUCAUAUCCAUGUAACUCGCAAAGCUGGAGUGUUGAGGGGAGGGGAAUGUGUUAGUGCUUUCAGCUUCCAGGAGGGCCUACCUCAAACCUUACUCUGACAUUUCUGUGAUUCAUGGUUCCUGUACACCAAGCAUGUCAAACUCUCGGCCCACGGGCCACAUGCCUUGUUUAUUUGGCCUGUGUUAGCCUUUGAGUUUGACAUGCUUGCUGUACACUGUAGGGUCCUAGAGUUCAAGCCCAGUGAUAAUGUAACUUUAGGCCCUUUUUUCUCUAUCUAGGUGAACUUCAAUUAGGAGAUGGGGAGGGUAAAAACCCAAUUGUAGGCCACAGAGCUAGCACACUUCAAGUGGGGGAGGGAACCUGAAAAUGUUCCAUUUUGAAUGAGGGCCUGGGUAUGAAGGAGGUAUUGGGAUAUCUCCUUUUCCCUUUCUUGCCUCCCAAAUUAAAUAUCUCAGCAACCAGCA